GCUUCUCAUCAAAUCCCAAAUCAAAUUCUCUCUAUACAAAAUAUACCCUCCUUAGGUCCUACAAUUAUUCAUCAUCAAACUAUCAAUGGCAAUAUUCAAAUCCUUGAUCACAACUUUACUUCUAGUUGUGACAAUAUCAAACAUGAGCCUAGAAGCUCGCCAUCUUUUGCAAACUACCACACAACCAAAUUUACCAACCAUUCCCACUUUACCAAAACCAACAACAUUACCACCUUUACCUUCAAUUCCAAAUAUGCCUCAAGGAAAUCUUCCUCCAUUGCCUACUAUCCCUUCUAUGCCUAAACUCACUAUGCCACCACUUCCAAGUCUUCCUACAAAUAUUCCAACAAUUCCAUCUCUCAACAUUCCACCAUUGCCAGCAGUCACUUCACUUCCAAACCUUCCUUCAAUCCCAACCACUUUCCCCUCCAUCCCAUUUUUCUCCCCACCACCUUCAACCUCUAGUCCUUAAACACUUCUUCACUUGUUAUCUUUGCAUGCAAUAGACAUUGCUUUUUUAUGUGUGAUUAAAUUGUACGAGGUUAUGAUGAUAGUACUAUUAUUAUCUUUGUUGUAUUGUAUGGUGUGAAAAGCCUUUGUAUUAUUUUUUUUUCUACUUACCUGUUUGGCACUAUUGUUUGUACUUUUGAAUUUCUGUUAUUGAUGUUAAAUUACACAUUUCUACAAACAA